GAGAGCUUUGAUUGGUCACAGCUUGUCACAUGAUACAAGGCUGUUGUGAAUAGCCUUGUACCAUGUGACCUCUGAAAUCAUUCACAGAUUUCACACGUAGUAAGCAAUGUCAGAAGUGACAUCUUGCUUACUACUAUUCAAGCGAUCAGGACCUCACUCAGAGGUCCCAUACAGUGAUCGGUGUUCCGCUGUGUCCAGCUUGAAAAUGGGGAUGCAGUUUAUGAACGGCAACUCGCUCCUGCACUGCUCCUAUCCAGCAUUUAUGUACAUGGGGCGGAUGGGAAGUGGUUAAAA